UAAAAGGCAAAUAAAUGCCUGCAACAAAAGCGAAUUUCAGACCAACGAAUUUGAAUUAAAAAUAGUAUAUAUUAUUUUUGUGAAAGUAGAAUAAUAGUAUAGUUUUCUGUUGGUGAGUAUUAGGGCUGCAGGGCUAGUGUCCAAAAGAGAAUAAUAAUAUGGAUAAGCAGCCCAACCCUAGCUCAUCGUCAUCAAGAACUGACAGGAAAACCAUUGAGAGAAACAGGAGAAAUCAAAUGAAGGUCCUUUACUCCAAGCUCAAUUCUCUCGUACCCCAUCAAACCUCUUCAAAGGAAGUGAUAUCACUGCCGGAUCAGCUAGAUGAGGCCGCAACCUACAUAAAGAAGCUACAAGUGAGCUUGGAGAAGAUGAAGGAGAAGAAAAACAGCUUAAAGGGGAUAGAAAAGAGUACUGGUAAUUAUUUUAAUAAUGAUGUUGGUAUGGGAAGCCAAAAAUGGCCUCAAAUUGAGGUUCAUGAAAAAGGGCCGGCUUUGGAGGUUGUUCUGAUUACUGGGUUGGAUUGCCAAUUCAUGUUUAACGAAACGAUUCGCGUUCUUCACGAAGAAGGAGCCGACAUUGUCAAUGCCAGUUUCUCAGUUGUCAAUGAAGAUACAGUUUACCACACCAUACACUGCAAAAUUGGAGAGCUCGAUCCAAGUUCUGGGGCUGCAAAGAUAUCUGAGAGGCUAAAGAAGUUUGUGGAUGAAACAAAUGCUUCUUGAUCAAGAUAUCAGCAUGAUAUAUAAUGAUGAUUAUGAUCGCUGCUUGUGAUGAGUAAAGGAAAUGUAAUGUGUGGGACUAAGUUUGGCUUCCUAUUUUUGUAAGUCUUUUUAGUAGGUCUAUCUGGAUUAAGCGAGUCCAUACGUUCUUAAUUAUUUACCAAUUUUGAGAGCCUUCUUGUAUUUCCAGAAAUAUUGGCUCUAUAUAUAAUGAUAAUGAUUAAUGAAGCUGGCUAGCUUUAGUAGAGCUAUGUUUCACUAUUAUCGUGUGUAUCAUAUGUAUAUCGAACAAUUAUUAGCAAAUAAUAUU